AUGCUUGAGGCAGCAGCCAAUGCGACUCCAGCAUGUCGUUCAGGUCUACAUGUCGAGAUCUUCGCCCUGACCAUCGUCCAUCCAGUUUUACUGGCAACCCUGCCCUAUUUGGGACCGGCAUACACGAAAGCGCUACAACGUAUUCGGCAGUCGUAUCCCGAAGUGAAUAUUACCCAGAGACUGCUUUCGGAUCCAAAUUAUCGAAACUGUGUGGACCUUUCUGCUGAUGGCGUUAACAAGGUCACAGCAGCUAUAGCUGACAAAUAUAGGGAAACAGCUCCAGAUCCAUGUCAUCUCUACGUUCUUUUAUACCUAGUGUUUAUUUUUCUUGGUGAACCAAACGGAUUUCGGAAACUAUUGCUUUAUGCAACGGAAUUGCACAUGACUGACGGAGAACACGUGUUUGUUAUUAUGACACCAUUUAGGUUUAAUUCAGAACCCGGGUACCUGACUUGGAAAAAAGGCGAUCAGGACGAUGAGACAGUGCGACUGGCUUAUCGCUCAGUCUUAAUUAUUGAACCGGACAGUGCGAUUUAUGGUGAUAGUGACCUUAUUGGCUCAUUUUCUUUGGAAAUGAAGAACAUGUCAAAAUCCGUGUAUAAUUACACAUAUAAGCCUUAUGAGCUGAUCAGUCCACAUGUGGCUGCGACAUACGCUGCAUUAUUAACAUUUGCUGAGAUAGUAGAUAGGCUGCGCAUCACAAAUUCGGUGGCCACUUUGUCGUCCGGCAAAGAGUUAGCCAAAGAGUACCUCAAUCGCACAUUUGUGACUGAAGUUGGACAGUACUACGUUGAUCCCGUUGGUGAGCGUAUACCCACUGUUUUGGUAGAACAGCUUGACUGGAAUACAUCCGAGCCUCGGACCCUUUUCUUGCAAGAUCCAGCAAGCUUAAGCUUUCGGCUUAUUAAUAAACCUUACUGGCCAGGAAUCUGGCCACCACGAAACGAGCCUCACUGUGGUUUUCGAGGCGAUUCAAUCGCCUGUGUAUCUACAGCGCGAAAUGUUGACCUUUACGCUGGAUCCGCUGGAGGGAUUGCUGUUCUCGUCAUUGUUUUAGCAAUAGCUAUACUUCGGAAAAGAGCAUACGACGCACUGCUGAAGAGCUCGUGGAAUGUGGACCCUAGUGCACUGAGUGACCUUAGCGGAAACCGCACCUUUGAAACAACCGUUUUGGAAAAUGGCGCUACUGCAGAGCAGGUGACCAUGAACUACAAAAAUCAGCAAACUGUCUGGAUCACGUCUGCAGUUAAAUUAUGGGAUGUUGCUGCAGCGAGAAGCUUUUCUCCCGAUAAAACCACUGCGAUGUACCUUAACCAUCUACUGCGAUUAGACCAUCCGAACGUAAACAGUUUUAUUGGAUUGUGUAUACUUGAAAGUGCUUCCUGCACCUAUUUUGUCAGUGAUUACGUUCAACGCGGUUCUUUAGCUGCGCUACUGUCACGGACGGGAUUAGAUUACGACCUGCAGAUUGCUUUGAUUUUCGAUGUCCUUAAUGGAGCCAAGGCCAUUGAGCGAUCGCCCAUUCGCAGCCAUGGAAAUCUGUCGAGUAACUGCUGCUUUCUCGAUAAGCAUUUCACGCUGAAAAUCGGUGAAACAGGAUUUACUACAAUCAAAACCCUGAUCACUCCGAACAAUUAUAAAGUGGACAAAAAUCAUGCCGAACACCUUCAUAGUGAUUUGUACGCAGUGGGGCUGAUUCUUUUCCAUAUCAUAACCUCUGAUGAUCCAUUCCCAAAUCCGGCAAAAGUCCAGAUAAAGCCGCAAGAUUUGUUUCCAACAAAUUUUGCAACAUUCCUGCCACUGAUAAAGUCGUGUACGGACGACACAGCAACAGCGCCAGCGGUGACGAAUGUGGCUGGUUUGCUGCGAAAAGUUAAAUCCACUCUGGAACUGAAGCAUGGAUACGCCGACAAUGUUGGUCUUUUGGAGCGGAUCCUUCGCCGACUGGAAGAUUAUACGGAGGAACUCGAUCAUCAAGUUGCCGUGCGGACAAUUGCUCUUUCGGAUGAGAGACGAAAAUGUGACUUGCUUCUGCGCGAAAUGCUGCCAGGGGACGUUGUUGACUUGUUACGGAAAGGCGUCAUUCCGGAACCUGAUUCUUUUGAAGCGGCCACUAUUCUUUUUACUGAAAUAGGAGGAUUUAAAGACAUUCUGGAGAAAAACAAACCAGCUGCUGUCAUGAUGUUUCUAAACGAAGUGUACACCGCUUUUGACAGGACAUUAUCGCGAUUCGAUGUAUACAAGGUUGAGACGAUUAAGGAUUCUUACAUGGUAGUAAGCGGCGUACCCACUAGAAACGGUCAUAUGCAUGGAAAGGAAAUCUGCAAACUCGCAACCUCCAUGCUGAAAACAUAUGCAGAUUUCGAGAAGCUCUUCGACGGAACUGCCCUUCGUGCUGGGAUUCACACUGGCUCCUGUGCGGCAGGCGUCGUCGGACACAAAGCGCCACGUUACUGUCUGUUUCCAAAACUGUCGAUUAUCAGGUUCGGUGACACCAUAAACACGGCCUCGAGAAUGCUCAUGUACAGUGACGAUUCGCGGAUCCAUAUCAGUUGGAAUACCUUCGCAUUACUGAAAGAGCACUUUGCAGAAUUUAAAACAGAGAUGCGCGGCUUGAUUGAAGUGAAGGGAAAGGGUUUGGUCACAACGUACUGGCUAGUAACGCCGCGUCAGCUGGAAACCCAGUGAAAUAUUGGCAUUAUUACUGGCAGUUUAUCUGCCCUCUUGAAUAAGCAGUUUUACAGUAUACUGUUUCUUACCAUAAUUGGUAAAUAUCACAGAUGUAAACAGUGCCGGUUCUGUGGGUCUUUAGCCCAAAAGCUUUAUAUUGACCUUUUCAUUCUUCAUCGAUUUUGCACGUAUAUGCAUUGUCCACAGGUAGGUAUAAACUAUUGUUUAUACGCUGAGUAAAUUGCACUAGAAAUAGCAAACUGUAUAGAAUUCCGAUGCAAUCUCCUCUGCUUUUAACGAUUUCGUCUUGACGUAACGGUAUAUUGUACAUGCUCUAAUGGAUUAUUUCUUCAUUCUCACGUUCUCUCUGCUCUGCAUCAUGCGAUUUUAAUAUCAAGGCUCCAGAGGAGCUUUUUUAGAUGUUCUUUUUGUCUUGCUGCGGCAGUCUUUCUUU